AUGUUUGUCAAUGUUUUGAAAAUAACACGUCUCUCUUUCUUUCUUUCUUUCUUUCUUUCUAUUUCUCUCUCUUUCUCUCACUCACUCUUUCUUCCUCUUUCUUUCUUUCCAUCUCUCUUUCUCUCACUCUCUCUUUUUUGUUUCUGUUCGCUUUUCGGAUUUUACUUUGCGAAUCAAAUUUAUUUUUAUUCCAUUCACUAUCUCUCCGCUUGCUUCUUUACAUUUCUGUUUAUUAAUAUACUUUCUCUAUCUCUCUCUCUCCCUCCCCUCUCCUCACCCUCCCUCAUUCACCCUCCCCUCUCUCCCUCUCACUCACUCAGUAACUUUUUAACUCUUUCAAUCUUACUCGAUAUUCCCGUAGUUCUCUUUUUCACAUUACCGACCCGUCAGUGUUCAUUGCUUUCUACCUAUUUCCCUUUCCCCGUCCUCAUCCAUACUGACACCCUUUCUUUGUCUCUACCCUGCGAUUCCAUCCUAAACACACACACACAAGGAUUAACGUGCAGCGAAGAAGCGGGGACAAUGGUGAGCCUGCCGAGUCGAGCGCCAGGCAAUGCGUCGCUCCCUCCAGGCUGGCUCCGCCCAGGAAGCGAGUCUGCUCAAAAUGGUUGUGCCAUUUGGUCCCAUGACCCAUGA